UCCCUUCCACGUUCCCAAGCACCACCACCACCACCACCACAACAACAAACCAGACCAAAAUGCCCUCCCCAACCACUUGGCAAGAAAAAGCGCAACAAAAACGCACCACCGCAGCCGCCAAAAUCCCGGUAGAAUGGCUCAUCCCUUCGUCCGACCUCACGCGCCUGCAAGCCACCUACACCAACAUGCUCUCGAUCCCCGAACAAACCGGGCUGUUGACCCCGCUGGACAUCGAAAUCACCUCCACCGGGUCCGCAACCGCACUGCUGUCCUCCCUCGCGUCCCAGAAAUACACCGCGGAGGAAGUAACCCUCGCAUUCUGCAAACGCGCCGCGAUCGCGCAACAACUCGUCUCGUGCCUCACGGAGACGUUCUUCUUCGAGGCUCUGACGCGGGCGCGGGCGCUGGACGCGCACCUCCGAACAACCGGUCGGACGAUGGGACCGUUGCACGGGCUGCCGAUUAGUCUGAAAGACUCGUUCAAUAUCGCGAGUAUACACACGAGUCUUGGGCUGGUGGCUUUCCUGGAUCGGCCGCCGGCGAGCCAGAACUCGUCGCUCGUGACGGUGCUUCUCGCUGCGGGCGCGGUUCUGUACGUGAAGACGAACAUCCCGCAGACGAUGAUGACGUGUGAUUCCGAGAAUCAUGUGUUUGGACGCGUGCUGAAUCCGUACCGGACGAAUCUCACGGCGGGGGGCAGUUCGGGCGGGGAGGGCGCUUUGUUGGCGCUGAGGGGCUCGAUUCUGGGCGUGGGAACGGACGUGGCGGGGUCGAUCCGCAUCCCGGCGCUGUGCUGCGGGGGGGUUGGCUUCAAGCCGAGUGCCGGGCGGGUGCCGUAUGGCGGGGUGGCCGGGUCGGGGAGGCCGGGGUUGGUCGGCGGCAUUCCGGCGGUGGCCGGGCCCAUGGGCCAUGAGGUGAGGGAUAUGGAGCUGUUCAUGCGGACGGUGUGUGAGGCGAGGGCCAGGGCGGAGGACGUGGAUGAUGGGGUGGUGGGGAUGAGGUGGAAGUUGAAGAUCGGCUGGUAUAGGGAGGAUGCGUCGCGACCAUUGCAUCCGAAUAUGGCGCGGACGAUGAAGCGCGCCGUCGCGAGGCUGCAGGGGGCCGGCCAUACGGUGGUGGAUAUCACGGAUCUGAUGCCCUCCAUGGCGGACGCGAAUGCGAUGGCGUGGAGGCUGUUUAGCAUGGAUCCGGACCGCACGGCGGAGGGACAUCUGCGGAGAAGUGGGGAGCCCCCGAUCGCGUCGCUGAAGAUCUCGUAUCCUGUCGAGGAGUCGCUGCCGGAGCCGUCGUUGCGCGAGUUGUAUGAUUUGAAUGUCAGGAAGGACGACAUCGCGGCCAGAGUCAGACGCCUGUGGCUGCAGAAUGACCUCGAUGUUAUUCUUGCUCCUGGGUAUCAGAGCUGCGCAGUCCCCCAUGACACCUAUGGCAUGCCGGUUUAUACGGUCUUCUUUAGCUUGAUUGAUUAUCCGGCGUGUGUGCUGCCGUUUGGGAAGGCGGAUGCUCUGCAGGAUCUGCACGAGGCGAGGGAUGUGGAUUACGUGCCUGCUUACAAACCCGAGGAAGUCGAGGGCGCCCCUUGUCAUAUCCAGCUGGUGGGCCGACGGAUGAAGGACGAACUCUUAGUACAGCACGCGAAGGUGGUGGAGGCUGUUCUCAGAGGUGGAUACUAGUGUUAGCAUCGCAUCGCAACGCGAAAGCAGAGAGAGCAGUAGCUAGAAGUCCCCUCCCCUCCCCAGGGGACAACUAUCCUGACAAUGCCAUCCAUU